AUGUCAGAUAGAUAUAGACCAAGAGGCCCUAAGAACCAACAACGUAGUGGUUAUCAAAGUCGAUCAUCUUAUGUACCUCAACGUCGGGACAACCGUGAAAGAGAUAGUUAUAUUCCUUCUGGACCAAAACGGUUAGCAGAAAGGGAUAAUUAUCGACCUGACAAUGAUCAAUAUCAACAACAACAGCAGCAACAACAACAACAGGAAAAUAGACCGGCACAACAUAGAGAAUCAUCAUCGAAUUCUACUUACUCUUCAUCGUCAUCAUCUUCAUCAUUUGGUGUUGUGAAUCCACCCAAAGGACCAAAACAAUCUUAUGUAUCUGGAAUGAAAAGACCGUUGCCUUCGGGACCAGCAAGUUUCCGGAAAAGACGUGACUUCAUAUCGAACACCAAUAGAAUAGCAAUUCCAAAGGGACCAAGACAAGGGUUUAAAGAGAUUGAUGGAGCCGGAAAUGGAACUGGAAAUGGAAAUGGAAAUGGAAAUGGAAAUAGAAAUAGAAAUGAAAGACAACUGGUGAUUGUGAAACAAAAAUUAUCUUUUGAACAAAUUUAUUGUAUAAAGACUACAAAUACUCCCAAUAUAUAUCAAAGAGUUCUGCAAGUUGGUGAAGGAACAUAUGGGAAAGUAUAUAAAGCUCAACAUAAAUUAACUGGUGAAUAUGUGGCCAUGAAAAAAUUACGAUUAGAAUCAGAAAAGGAAGGAUUCCCCAUUACGGCAAUUCGAGAAAUCAAAUUAUUACAAUCAUUUGAUCAUGCUAAUGUUGUUGGAUUAUUAGAAAUGAUGGUUGAAUAUAAUCAAAUAUAUAUGGUUUUUGAUUAUUUGGAUCAUGAUUUAACCGGGUUAUUGACUCAUCCUGAUUUACAAUUACAAGAAUGUCAUCGGAAAUUUAUCUUCAAACAAUUGAUGGAAGGAUUAAAUUAUUUACAUAAGAAAAGAAUUAUUCAUCGUGAUAUUAAAGGAUCAAAUAUAUUAUUGGAUAAUAUUGGACGAUUGAAAAUUGCUGAUUUUGGUCUUGCUCGUACGAUGAAAAUAGUUAAUGCCAAUGAAAAACCAGAUUAUACUAAUCGAGUCAUCACUAUUUGGUAUCGACCACCAGAAUUAUUAUUAGGGGCUACUGAUUAUGGACGAGAAGUAGAUGUAUGGGGUGUUGGUUGUUUAUUGAUUGAAUUAUAUUGUAAAAUGGCAGCAUUUAGAGGUAUGGAUGAAGUUAGUCAAUUAUGUCGAAUUUUCAAUAUUAUGGGGACUCCAACAUUACAAAAUUGGCCAGAAAUUGAUAGAUUACCAUGGUUUGAAAUGCUAAAACCAAAAAUUAAUGUCAAGAGUAAAUUUUCUCAAAAAUAUAGUGAAUCAAUGUCACCACAAGCAUUCAAAUUAGCUGAACAAUUAUUACAAUUGAAUCCUAAAUUAAGACCUACUGCUGAAGAAGCAUUAAAUCAUGAAUAUUUCCAACAAGAUCCUAAACCAGAACCAUUAUAUUUCUUGAAAGAUAUACAAGGAGAAUGGCAUGAAUUUGAAACUAAAAAAAGAAGACGUGCCGAAAGAAAAAGAAUAAAGGAAGAAGAAGAUGCUCAAUUGGCUGCUAGUAAAAAAUCUGCUGCUGUUGCUGAUGCUUCUGUUGCAAGUGCAACUAAUUCUGUAAAGGAAAUUGAGUCUGUUGAUGCUAUAACGUAUUCUGAAAAAUUAGCAAAUGGGGAUGAUAAUAAAAAAUCAAGUGAAAUUGAAAUUGAUCUGAAAAAUAUUGAUAAUAUUGGUAACAACAGUGAAGAACAACAUAAUAAGACGGAAGAGAAAAGUAUUGAUACCAAGACAACGUAG